UCUGUUCUGUGUCUAAACAAGUUCUGAAAAGCAUUCUUCCUUUCUCUCUCAUAACUCAUAAGCUUCUAUGGCUUCCUCUUCCACUGUGUGAUCGUUCCAGAACCCUAAUUCGAUCCCUUCACUAGAAGCUUCUAGAGUUCUCAACAAUCAGCUAGUAACCUUCCGAAUCUCUCACAUUAUUCUGCUUGUUCGAUUUUCCAUUCGGCGAAAUCUGCACGGUUCCGAGAGCCUCUCUCGGCUCGAUUUCGCGGCGGAGGGUUCUGAUCGGGGGUGAGGAAGAGGGUUUACGAGACGCGGGAAGUCGCAAUCUGUUAGAGUUUUUUGAUUUUGCUUGGGACAUUUGGAGGAUGGGAUUUGAAGGAUGAACGAUGCCGGUGCUGCGUAGUGGAGCGCGCCGGGGCCGGGCAGCAGCGAAGCAAGGAGAGCGGCGGGAGAGUCCGGUUGAAGGUGAAGCGAUUGCGACGAGGACGAGGCGGCGGCGUGCGGCGGCGGCGGCGACGAAUAAUAAUAAGCCGCAGGAGGUUGUGGUCGAUGAGAACGUAGUUGUUGUGCCGAAGAAGGAAGAAGAGAAUCGGGGUGGAGCGGAGAAGGAAGUGGUUGCGGAGAAACAGAUGGAUGACAGUGGUGGUCGCAGCAAUGAUAAGGCCGUUGCCGGUGAAGAUGAAAGCACCGCCCUUGUGAUUCCUGAUAAGGUUCAAGUAGGUAAUUCCCCUUUGUAUAAAGUAGAAAAAAAACUUGGCAAGGGUGGAUUUGGCCAAGUAUAUGUAGGUCGACGUGUUUCUGGUGGAAAUUUGAGUGAGAGAACUGGACCUGGAGCUGUAGAGGUUGCAAUGAAACUCGAGCAUAGGACUAGUAAAGGAUGUAACUAUGGACCUCCCAAUGAAUGGCAAGUGUACAACACUCUUGGUGGAAGUCAUGGGGUGCCACAAGUACAUUACAAGGGCAAGCAGGGUGACUAUUUCAUCAUGAUUAUGGAUAUGCUGGGUCCUAGCUUGUGGGAUGUUUGGAAUAGUAACUCUCAUACCAUGUCCACUGAAAUGGUUGCUUGUAUUGCCAUUGAAGCAAUAUCCAUAUUGGAGAAGAUGCACUCUCGAGGGUAUGUGCAUGGAGAUGUGAAGCCUGAAAAUUUUCUACUUGGUGCUCCUGGUUCACCUGAUGAGAAAAAAUUGUUCCUUGUAGAUCUUGGGUUAGCUACUAAAUGGAGGGAUAGUGCGACAGGUUUGCAUGUGGAUUAUGACCAAAGGCCUGAUGUUUUCAGGGGCACAGUUCGCUAUGCUAGUGCCCAUGCACAUUUGGGAAGAACUUCAAGCAGGAGGGAUGACUUGGAAUCUCUUGCAUAUACUCUGAUUUUUCUUCUUCGAGGUCGUCUCCCUUGGCAGGGAUUCCAGGGAGAAAACAAAGGAUUUAUGGUUUGCAGGAAAAAGAUGGGAACAACUCCGGAAAGUCUAUGCUGCUUUUGCCCUCAGCCUUUUAGACAGUUUGUUGAGCAUGUAGUGAACUUAAAGUUUGAUGAAGAGCCUAACUAUGCAAAAUACAUUUCUCUAUUUGACGGAAUUGUUGGUCCAAACCCAGAUAUUAGACCAAUUAAUACAGAAGGUGCCCAAAAGCUCAUUGGUCAUAAGAGAGGCCGGUUGGCAACGGAAGAUGACGAUGAACAACCCCAAAAGAAGAUUCGUAUGGGUUUGCCAGCAAACCAGUGGAUUAGUGUUUACAAUGCUCGUAGACCAAUGAAACAAAGAUAUCACUACAAUGUGUCAGAUACAAGGCUAUCCCAGCACAUUCAGAAAGGAAAUGAGGAUGGCUUAUAUAUUAGCUGUGUUGCUUCUUCUAUGAACCUGUGGGCCUUAAUCAUGGAUGCGGGGACAGGUUUCACUUCUCAAGUCUAUGAACUUUCCCCUUUUUUUCUCCACAAGGAAUGGAUCAUGGAGCACUGGGAAAAAAAUUACUACAUCAGCGCUAUUGCUGGAGCUGUGAAUGGGAGUUCAUUAGUAGUAAUGUCUAAGGGCACACCAUAUACGCAGCAAUCGUACAAAGUUAGUGAUUCAUUUCCUUUCAAGUGGAUUAACAAAAAGUGGCGGGAGGGCUUUUACGUUACUGCAAUGGCCACCUCGAGCAUCAGAUGGGGAGUAGUUAUGUCUCGCGGUGCAGGAUUUUCAGACCAGGUUGUUGAACUAGAUUUUCUGUAUCCUAGCGAAGGGAUUCACAAGCGGUGGGAUUGUGGAUACCGAAUCACAUCGACUGCUGCAACUGCAGACCAAGCUGCUUUUGUCUUGAGCGUGCCUAGGAGGAAACCCACAGAUGAAACUCAGGAAACACUAAGGACCACUGCUUUUCCUAGUACACAUGUCAAGGAGAAAUGGGCGAAGAACCUGUACAUUGCUUCUGUUUGCUACGGACGCACAGUUUCUUGACCCUGCUAAGCGAACAUGGUGCUGAUAUGUCAAAGUUGCAUGAUGGUCCAGGCCCCAAGAAAUUUUGAUGGCUACAAGUUUAAUUAUUUGUAUGUAGCAGAAUGAAUAUCUUCAGUUAAACUAGUACCAUACUGUUGCCAUUCAUGUGGAAAUUGUUUUUGUCAGUGAUUAGUUAAGAACUUAAGGUUGUCCAGAGGAGGAGCCUUUUUUUAA